AUGGCUGUCGACUGGAAAUCAGAAAGCGGCGAUAGGCAAAGGAGCGUCCAGAAGCCACGCAGUUUCAUUCAUCCGCCGCUUACGAGUACCGACAAGUCAAUCCGCUCAAGCAAUGUGACAGUCGAGGUCCCACGCAAAACCACCCUCGACCGUCAUCGACCAAGCCAACAAUCACAUAUUGUGGUUGAGAUUAACACCUCGCCUGGGAAGAUUCUCAAACAUUCGCAAGGGCCGCCGCCGAAAUCCAAGGUGGAACGUGAGGCCGAGAGGAAGAGACUGUUCAAACAGCUCAAGCACUCUACCCAGCUUGUACAGGAGAACCCAACGUUGGUCGAGCAGUACUUUGGACAGACUGGAUAUUCGAAAGCCUUCAGCGUGGAAGACGAAGAAGAGCAGGCUUUUAUGCAAAGAGCGGCAUCUAAGAAGAAGAGAAGGGUGAACCGAUCCGAUAUUCAGCUGGAAGUCGAGUCCUUGACGCAAUCUGUGGAAGGCCUACGUCUCAACACAAAACUCAUCCACCCUUCUCGUACCGCCAGAGACAUUCUCACGAGUCGUUUCGAUGAGCAGGUCUGGCCACCACUAACCUUCUUCAACGACGUUGACGAUAAGCGUCUUCACGGUAAAUUCCAGUUUAUCAACCGGUACAUCCUUGGCGAGAAAGUCAGACCGGCGCCGGCAUCCACGAACAGAGGAUGUGAAUGCACCGACUGCUCCCUGUCUUCCUGUAUAUGCUUUACAGAGAAUAGGACUUACAGUCGACGACCGGACGGCAUUGUCGUCCUCUCUGACGAGUGUAUCGAACGCGAGAUGGAGCCUCAAGGACCUCACUACGAAAUAACCGAAUGUAACGAGGUCUGCAGCUGCGGGCCGGAUUGCUUGAAUCGCGUGGUCAGUAAAGGUCGCACCGUUCCUCUCGAAAUCUUUCAAACUCAGAAAUGCGGCUUCGGAGUACGUUCAUCUCAGGCCAUCGUCAAAGGACAGUUCAUCGAGCUGUAUCUCGGCGAAGUUCUCACGGAGGCUGAGCUGGCGCGCCGGGAGGAGGCAGAGAACGACGAUGACCCGGCCUAUAUCUACUCGCUGGACUGGUUCUCACCAUUGUCCAACAACACCACCUAUCAUGUGGACGGCAAGUACUUCGGGUCAGCCAUGAGAUUUGUCAACCACAGCUGCAAGCCGAAUGCCCGGUGCUUCACAGUCCAGACUCACAAGGAGGACCGAAAACUCUAUUACCUGGCUUUCUUCGCGAUCAGAGAUAUCCCCGCGGGUACGGAAAUUCGAAUCGAUUAUCAUGGAGCAGGUGCUUCGGAAAUGCCCUCUCAAGAGGAAGUAGACCCUCAGUCGCUCGCAGCGUAUGGCCAAUAUUCAGACGACCUGACGAAGUGCCAGUGCGGUGAGAAGAAGUGUCGAGGUAUUCUAUGGACACCUGGAGUCAAGGCUCGACGAAGACGUCGGAAGGGACAAUAA